AUGGGUGCCACAGGCUUGGUGGCCCUGAACCCCCAGCGGGUGUGGCAAGUGUCCAGGACUGGUGGGCAGUGCCUCCGGCCGCCCAGUCUGACAGCCCCUUCUCUCUUGCAGGUCAACACCUUCACGUCCUUCGUGUGCCCCAUGGUGCUUAUCUCGGUCCUGAACACCAUCAUUGCCAAUAAGCUCACCGUCAUGGCCCACCAGGCGGCUGUGCAGGGUGAAGUGUGCACAGCGGGGGACCCACACAGCACCUUCAGCAUGUCCAUGGAGCCCGGCAGGGUCCAGGCCCUGCGGCACGGUGUCCGUGUCUUACGCGCUGUGGUCAUUGCCUUUGUGGUCUGCUGGCUGCCCUACCAUGUGCGGCGUCUGAUGUUCUGCUACAUUUCAGAUGAGCAGUGGACUCCGUUCCUCUACGACUUCUACCACUACUUCUACAUGCUGACCAACGCGCUCUUCUACGUCAGCUCCACCAUCAACCCCAUCCUCUACAACCUCGUCUCCGCCAACUUCCGCCACAUCUUCCUGUCCACGCUGGCCUGCCUCUGUCCCGUGUGGCGGCGCAGGAGGAAGAGGCCGGCCUUCUCCAGAAAGGCCAACAGCGUGUCCAGCAACCACACCUUCUCCAGCAACACCACCCGGGAGACACUGUACUAGGGCCUGGUGGAGGCGGCGGGAGGCCGGGAGGAAGCCAGUCUCUUGGCCUCACCCCACGACACUCAGAGCAGCAGCCCCCGCCCAGACCCUUGGUGGGGUCAGCCAGAGGCCAGUCUGAGGCCUGGGACCGGCACCCGUGUCCCAGAGGCCGCGUUUCUUCUCAGCUACCCGCCCCAUCCCCCUCCUCUCCUCUCUGAAAGCCAGAACAAGAGGUUGUUCCUCUCCCUGAUCCGAAA